GCACCGGGAGCGCGCUGGGACCAAGAGAAAUACGCGCUCAUGUUUCCGCAUGCCGAGCAGAGCAAGAAAGGGAGAAUAAUCCAGCAGUAGCUAGUCCAACCUGACACGGCGCUUUAAGAAGAGGAAGUCCCCCCCACCCCCAACCGGGGUGCACGGAACAUUGACGUACUUUCUUCGGAGGCCACUUUGCGCCUCGGGCGUCUGGAGGCAGUUUUUGUCGAGUUUUCAACGGACUGUAGCCCAGUCUUGUGGCGGUGCUAGACGGGGACGAGAGUGCACAAGUCCCCCCCUCUUCCCGCCCCCGACGCAAGAAUGUCGCAAAAGGAAAGACCCACUUACUAUCGGCAGGAGCUCAACAAGACAAUGUGGGAGGUCCCGGAGCGGUACCAGAACCUGUCCCCAGUCGGCUCCGGUGCUUACGGUUCGGUUUGUUCAGCGUUCGAUGUGAAGACGGGCCUGAAGGUAGCGGUGAAGAAGUUGUCCAGACCCUUCCAGUCCAUCAUCCACGCAAAGAGAACCUACAGAGAGCUCCGACUGCUCAAACACAUGAAGCACGAAAAUGUGAUUGGUCUCUUAGACGUGUUCACGCCAGCGACAAGCUUAGAGGAGUUCAGUGAUGUCUACCUGGUGACACAUUUAAUGGGAGCAGACCUGAACAACAUCGUCAAGUGCCAGAAGCUGACCGACGACCACGUCCAAUUCCUCAUCUACCAGAUCCUGCGAGGUCUAAAGUACAUCCAUUCUGCAGACAUCAUCCACCGGGACCUAAAACCCAGUAAUCUGGCGGUAAAUGAAGACUGUGAACUGAAGAUCCUGGAUUUUGGUUUGGCCCGGCAUACAGAUGAUGAAAUGACCGGCUACGUGGCCACUCGGUGGUACCGAGCUCCAGAAAUCAUGCUUAACUGGAUGCACUACAACAUGACAGUGGACAUCUGGUCAGUGGGAUGCAUCAUGGCUGAACUUCUCACCGGACGGACGCUGUUCCCCGGCACCGACCACAUUGAUCAGUUGAAGCUUAUAAUGCUGCUUGUUGGAACCCCCGGGCCCGAGCUCUCGAUGAAAAUCUCCUCGGACUCCGCAAGGAACUACAUCAACUCACUUCCCCAUAUGCCCAAGCGAAACUUUGCCGAUGUGUUCAUUGGUGCCAACCCUCUUGCUGUGGACCUGCUGGAGAAGAUGCUGGUGCUGGACACGGACAAGCGUAUCACGGCCUCGGAGGCGCUGGCUCACCCUUACUUUGCUCAGUACCACGAUCCAGACGACGAGCCCGAAGCAGAGCCCUACGACCAGAGCUUUGAAAGCCGUGAGCUGGAAAUCGAGGAAUGGAAGCGGUUAACAUACGAGGAGGUCAUCAGCUUUGAGCCGCCAUCGUUUGAUCGGGAUGAGAUGGAAUCGUGAGGAGGAGGCGUUUCAUCCUUUUUUUUUUUAUUUUUUUUUAUUUUUAGAAAAACACACUUUUAGGGAAAAACAAAAAACUCACGUGACUCUCCACGCGCCCUCACCACCACAACUUUCAAGUGCCUGCCAUCUUUAAAUCUCUGAAGGGGGGGUACUGUCGCGUUUUCAGGGACAAAACUUGUGUUCCACCCAUCCCCCUCACAAUUUUGAUGAGAUUUUACCCCCCACUUCCCUCUCUAUUUGCAUUGUAUUCAUCAUUUUAUGUUAAUAUCUGAAGGGGAACUGAAGCAACUGCUGCUUUCUAGUUGCUCAUAAAAAAUAAUACCUAGCAGUGACUCAAUCAACAAACGUUAUGUUUCUAAAAAUAUAUAAUCUUCCACACAUUAUUUUUGUGUAUAGAAGGAUUUGACAAUGACAAUAAAUGCAGUGUUUGUAUAGACUUAUUAUAGUCCGGGCCACGUUAUGAAUGCCGCAAUGUGGCGUAAAAUGAGAUUUGUAAUGUAAUAAUAAAUAAAAGUAUGUAUGUAAGGCACAUCUCAAGACAGUAUAUGUAACAUAUCCACUUCCUAGAUUUAACACUUUGUUUAUAUUAUUGAAACAAAGUCGGUGUUUUGUCUCUUUACAACAAUGCAAUGUUUGUUUUAGCUUCUUUCCACGAUUUGUCUCGGUCGCACUUUGUUUCGGAACAGUGUUUCAACGUCAUCUCACAAGCCGCUGGACCACUUUGGCACGACAAGGCCCAGAUUUGUCUUGGUGUGCUUUUUUUUAAAUGUUGAUGUUCUCCAUCAGCAGAUGAUGUACUUUUUAUUAUCAUAUUGCAUUUCUAAAUCACAGUCCUAUUAAGUGUUUGUGGAAUAUUUCCGGGUCAUGGGGCUGCCUCGUAUUUAUGAUCUGUUCUCAUGUUUAUAUAUGGAUGUUUAAAGUAUGUUAUUUGUAUUAAAAAAACAAACAAACAAUAAUCCAAGGCCAGUUUAUUUAUGGAAAUCUUGUUUUGGCCAGACACCACGUUUAUUGUGUUGAUUUCAUUCAACAUCAAAGUUAUGACUGCAGUUACGUCAUUAUAUCCGAUUAGGAAACAAAGACAAUGUAGUUCAGUUCAAAGUAUUGUUUUCACACAAUCAAUAGAAAUAUCUAAUUGCAUAUUAUUUGCCAACAAUCUGCAACAUUUUGGCUGUAAUGUGGCUUACAUGAGGAGUCCAUUCAUAAUGAGACGUACACACCGUUGGCGUUGAAUUUCAUGUGGAAUAUUUUAAUUGAGUGUUAAAUCAAUAUCUGGUAUUCUGUGAUUUCUUUAACGAAUGUUAGAACCACCGCUGUCAUUUAUUUGAAUAAUAUAUAGAAGCGCACACUUUUAUGGGAAAAUGUAAAACGUCAUACUUGUACAGUAUGUUGAUUUGAUUCGGAUGUUAUGAUCCUGUUCAUAAGUUCAUAUUUAAUUUGGAUAUUGGCUCUCAUCCUUUGAGGUCUUUUAACUGGCUACCUGUAAAAUACCACUCUGUGAAAAUAAAGGCUACUA